AGGCAGAAGUCAGGACAGACAAAGGGCUGUUUGUCCCACAUCUCCCAUCAGCCCUCCCUCUUCUCAUCCCUGCUAGCUCUAGCUCUCUGUGUCCAUCUGAAAAGACACAGCUGCCAAGAAAGUGAAAGAGUGAAGCAGAAGAAAAAGCACUCCUGCUGUGGGAAGCUUUGCAAAAAUGAAAACGCUCUCAGCUCUGCUUCUGCUGAGCACUCUCCUGGGUGCCCACAUGGCCCCUUCCCGGCGUCCCUCCUGUUACAAAAGGGCUCUGAAGGACCACAGCUGCCACAGCGUCCCCGAGGGCACGGAGAACCUUCGACGAAUCGACGGAAGCCUGCAGGAUCACUUUUGGGAAGGGAAGGGUUGCGAGACUGUCUGUUACUGCAACUUCAAGGAACUGCUCUGCUGUCCAAAGGAGAUUUUCUUUGGACCAAAGGUUUCUUUCGUGAUCCCCUGCAACAGUGAGUGAUCAACAUCAAGUCUGCCGGUGAGGACAACAGACAUCAUUCUGCAAUUGCAUAACAAUACAUUCAAGGGGAAAAAUAAAACCAACAACAACCAAAAAUAAUAAUAAUAAAAAAACUUCCUCCCUAAGCACAUGACAGCACCUCUCUUUACACUGGAGAAAAAAAUCUUUUCUAUACCAUUUUGGAACGUGUAAGAAGUUCUCCUUUUGAAUUUGGUAGCUGUCAAUUAGCUCCAUAUAUCAUGCGAGAAACUGUACAAGUGCAUAAUAGUCUUAGUAUGCAGCUCCCAGCAAAAAGCCUACCUUCUUAAUAAGUACAACUUUCUCAACUAGUUUUUAUGAAGGAGUUUGAGAUUAAGCCUUCACAUGGUUAAGAAUGACUCUGGCAGGAAUCUGCUGCAUUGCAGCUUCCUAUUGCUUUAUUGCUGCUGUGCAGUUAAUGUUGGUUUAAGCUGACACUAUUCAGUACCUAGCACUUCCAUAUGUAGGUUCCCACCAUCUCCCUGGCCAUCUUGGAAAAAAAAUGAAAACAAAACUCACACCAUUCAUCUUUGAAAAAUUCCACUGGAAAAAAAAGUUAAAAUUCAUAUGUAGUAACAGGUAGAUGAUGAUUAUGUCUAAUAUUUCAGCUGCAUAUGAAAUCUUAAAUUAGGAUGAACAUUGAACUCUUAGAAUACUAGAACAGCAGUGAUAGUACAUAUAUAUUCAGAAAGACAUAGAAAGAAAGUCAGACUGACAUAGGGUCAGUUAAGGCAACAUAAAAAUACUCACUUAAGCAGCUUUUGGAUCCAGCCUCAUUUGAAAUACAGUACCUGGGAAUUAAAGUUAAAAACCCAGCUUUUUAUUUUUAGGAUAGCUCUGUAGGGAAACAGGUGGGUAAAUGAAGAGAGAGGUAGCUAGAAAUAUUGGAAGUAAUCCUCUUAAUUUAAGAGUUAUAGUGAUCUAGCCUGUAGACAUACAGUUACCUCUCAAUACCUGCUGGCACUGAUUACAGUAUCAGAGAAAAGUAGCCAAUAAUUUAUGGCCACUUAUAAGUUUAACAAUAGCCAUCUGAAGAAGCCAGGCCUAGAGGCAGUAAACUAUCUUACUGCCUUACAAAUGAUAAUUCUUUAGCUAUCAAGUGAGCCACAUGAAAAGCAUGUAGUACUGAGGUCACUAUUUUUACCCCCCUCAAAUCAGUAUAUUGUUCACCUAAUAAUUUUACAUUACACUGAAAACUGCUAGCAUCAGAGUACCAAACUUAUUUCACAUACCAUAGGAAACAUCAAUGUCUUUUUCUGUUAGUAAACAAGGAUUGGAUAGGGGUAGCAGUGGCUUGAUUGUACACGGCUAAUAAUAAAUGUUUCAAGUAAAUCUGCAUGUACCACUUGCCAAGUAAUUUUUAUGCUGCUGGGUGUUAAACAAACAGUUUGUUUCACUAGGCUUUUUAAGCCUGGUUUGUGUAAUUAUUCCUGAGUCACUUGGGCUUCCUACCAAAUAAUCAAUUAAGGAAAAAAUAAUCUGGCAACUCACAGUUGAAAUAUCCAAAGUCAGUGUUUUUCUAAGAAAACAUAUAGUUUCCACUCUUGUGUAAAGUCCUCCAUGAACUUCUAGUAGUAGUAAGUGCAAGUAGAUUCUGAUGGUAAUGCCGUCUAGUUCCUGUGUAAAUCAUGUUGCAUAUGCCUAUCAUCCAUAGCUUUCCAGAGCAGGAAAAACAAGAACUGAGGCAGAUACACAGCCAGGUUGUAAAGUCAGUAAGUGGUUUUCAGUUACUUCCCCUUCCACCACUACUGACUUGGAAAAAUCCACAAUCUGCUGGAAAAAAGUUUUGCCACUUUCCACAUGCAGAUGGAUAAGGUCACUUAGGCUAUUACUUUAAGACCAAUUCCCUGUACAAAACUGCUUUUUCUUCCUACUCCCCUUCCCUCCUGAAGGAUCUUCUACACGUCCUGCCAGACCUAAGUGCGAACGUUCAUCCCUGCCCUCCAUACUGUAAGAGAGAAAAAGCCUUUAUCCUUCAGGUGUCCAAUUUAGUGCCAGGUUCCCUGGAUGCUUCUCCAAAUAAUGUAUUCAAGAUUACAAAUUCAACUUGUGCAAAGAACAUUUAGUAAACAAUUUUGCAGACACUUCUGUGAAAAGGGUACUGAAACUUCUCCCAAGAAAUACCAACUUUAGCUACCACUAGCUAGAUAUCACUAACGGGUUUGAACUUAGGCCAUCACUGCAGAACUUCAGUGUGGAAAGAUCUAAGACACUGCGAGUGAAAUAAAUUAGGCCACUUAUAGCUCCUGGGAAGGCAGCCAGUUUGAGUUUAGGGUUUAUCAUCAUUCAGUUAAGCAACAGAGUGCCACAGGUCAAAAUAGCAGAAUGGAGCAUCUUGGUUGCAGUGAUGCCAAGAAAGUACUUUCCCCCAAAAAACUCCCAAGAUUAACAUCCAUCAGUUUAGACCAGAGAGAUACUCUCUCAUUUUUCCCUAAUUAAGAAAUAGCCUUUAAACUUCUGAUAAGGUUAAAAGUUGCAACAAAUGCUAACUGAACAAACUGAAGCCAUGUCCUCUUCUGCUUUAAGCUUCUCCUUCUGCCUUUUCUUCAACCCAUGCACACAGCUUAAUGCAGAAAGAAAUAUUUCAUGUACCACACAUUUAGAGUAGCACAACAACAAUGAAAUCCACAAAGUCAUACAUAAUCCUGUCUUCAACAUCACAGACUUUACUAAGAUCACCAAUUAAAUAUAUUUCUCAUGGUA